CCUGUGUGUCUCCUCUCUCCAGAGCCUUCUGCUGCCCAGACACCAAGUGGAGGAACCGUGAAGGCCGAAAUCUGUUGUCAAUGGGACUGCCCAGAGGGAAAACUCAGCCCCUGUGCUCUCUAGGGAUCUCUGCAGACAGCGCUGUCAAACCCUGUCCCUGUGGAGCUGCUGUGCUCGCCUAGGAGCUGUUAGACCUCUGGAAAACGAGAGAUCUUGACAAGGAGCUACGUGGGACAACCAAUGUUUCCCUUUGGUCCUGUUUACUGCUGUGCCACCCUCAUGUUUUUGGCAUGUAGUCAUAGAGUCUGACGCGGGAGUAAUGGAGCCGCUGAGUGGCAGGUGCUGACAGCUUCUGCAGUCCCAGUAACUGCUCCUUUCGGGGUCAUUUGCAAUUCUGUACCUCUAAAUGCCACAGCUCUCUGGGGGAAGGUUGCGCUGGAUACCGGGACUGCCUCGGAAGACCGUGACGCCAUGGGCAACGCGGAGAGCCAGAGCGUGGAGCACGCCUUCUACGGGGACAAGCAGCCGGGGCUGGGCCGCAAGCACACGUCGCGCUCGCUGCGCCUCUCCGGCAAGGCCUCGCGCCGCACGCGCCACGCCUCCUCGGGCAAGGUCAUCCACCGCAACUCCGAGGUGAGCACGCGCUCCAGCAGCACGCCCAGCAUCCCGCAGUCGCUGGCCGAGAACGGCCUGGAGCCCUUCGCCCCCGAGGCCAACCUGGAGGACUUCGGCAGCGCCAUGUGGGUGGAGCGCGUGGACAUGGGCCUGCGGCCCGUGUCCUACCACACGGACUCGUCGGUGACGCCCAGCGUGGACAGCAGCACGGUGCUGACGGCCGCCUCCGUGCACAGCAUGCCCGACUCGGAGGAGAGCCGGCUCUACGGGGACGAGCCACCCUUCCUGGGCGAGGGCGACGGGCGGGCGCUGCGCUACGCAGCCAACGGCAGCGCCUUCAUGGAUGCGGCCAGCUUCAAGAAGAAGCGCUCCAAGUCGGCCGACAUCUGGCGCGAGGACAGCCUGGAGUUCUCGCUGUCCGACCUCAGCCAGGAGCACCUGACCAGCAACGAGGAGAUCCUGGGCCUGGCCGAGGAGAAGGACGCCGAGGCCAUGCAGGGCCCGGAGGCCGGUGGCAGCCCCCAGCCCCUGGCCGCCUGCCAGCGGGCCAACUCCAUGAGCGACCUGUAUUCCCCCAAAACCCCCAGCGCCGCCAUCAACGGCGGCCCCCGAAACGCCUUCGGAGGGUACUGCCGGAACCUGGUGUCCGACAUCCCGGAGCUCGGGAGCCAUAAGAUGGCAUCGGUGACCGCCGAGGAUGCGCCUUCCUCCUACAGUAACUACAACACGCUGCCCUGCAGGAAGUCCCACUGCCUUUCCGAAGGGGCCACCAACCCCCAGAUGAGCCAUAGCAGCAGCAUGCAAGGCAGAAGGGCGAAAACUACCCAGGACGUCAACGCGGGCGAGGGCAGCGAGUUCACCGACAGCGGCAUCGAGGGCGCAGCCACGGACACGGACCUGCUGUCGCGGCGCUCCAACGCCACCACGGCCAGCUACUCGCCGCCCGCCGGCCGCGCCUUCAUCGGCAGCGACAGCGGCAGCAGCUCGGCGGGCGAUGGUCUGCGCCAGGGCGUCUACGAGAACUUCCGCCGCGAGCUGGAGAUGAGCACCACCAACAGCGAGCACCUGGAGGAGGCAGGCUCGGCCCUGAGCGACGAGCAGAGCAGCGGCACCCUCAGCUCCCCCGGCCAGUCCGACAUCCUGCUGAGCGCCGCGCAGGGCACCGUGCGCAAGGCCGGCGCCCUGGCCGUCAAAAACUUCCUGGUGCACAAGAAGAACAAGAAGGUGGAGUCGGCCACGCGCAGGAAGUGGAAGCACUACUGGGUGUCCCUGAAAGGCUGCACGUUGUUCUUCUACGAGACUGAUGGCAGGUCUGGCAUUGACCACAACAGCAUCCCCAAACACGCUGUCUGGGUGGAGAACAGCAUCGUGCAAGCCGUGCCUGAGCACCCCAAGAAGGACUUUGUCUUCUGCCUCAGCAACUCCCUUGGGGACGCUUUCCUCUUCCAGACAUGCAGCCAGACGGAGCUGGAGAACUGGAUCACGGCGAUCCACUCGGCCUGUGCCACCGCCGUGGCGCGGCAGCACCACAAGGAGGACACGGUCAAGCUGCUCAAAACAGAGAUCAAAAAGCUGGAGCAGAAGAUAGACAUGGACGAGAAGAUGAAGAAAAUGGGUGAAAUGCAGCUGUCCUCUGUCACAGACUCCAAGAAGAAGAAGACCAUACUGGAUCAGAUCUUCGUGUGGGAGCAGAACCUGGAGCAGUUCCAGAUGGAUCUGUUCCGGUACCGCUGUUACCUGGCGAGCCUGCAGGGCGGGGAGCUGCCCAACCCCAAGCGCCUGCUGGCCUUCGCCAGCCGCCCCACCAAGGUGGCCAUGGGCCGCCUGGGCAUCUUCUCUGUGUCGUCCUUCCACGCUCUGGUGGCGGCUCGCACGGGGGAGUCGGGCGUGAGGAGAAGGACACAGGCCAUGUCCAGGUCUGCCAGCAAGCGGAGGAGCAGGUUUUCUUCUCUCUGGGGGCUAGACACUACCUCGAAGAAGAAGCAAGGGAGGCCGAGCAUUAACCAGGUGUUUGGAGAAGGAGUUGAUUCAGUGAAGAAGUCUCUCGAAGGGAUCUUUGAUGACACAGUCCCGGAUGGAAAGAGGGAGAAAGAAGUGGCCCUGAGCAGUGUCCACCAGCACAACCCCGACUGUGAUAUUUGGGUGCACGAGUACUUCACGCCCUCGUGGUUCUGCCUGCCCAACAACCAGCCUGCCCUGACGGUCAUCCGGCCUGGGGACACCUCCCGGGACGUGCUGGAGAUGAUCUGCAAGACACACCAGCUGGACUACUCCGCUCACUACCUGCGCCUGAAGUUCCUCAUUGAGAACCAGAUCCAGUUGUAUGUACCAAAGCCAGAGGAGGAGAUCUAUGAGCUGCUAUACAAGGAAAUUGAAAUCUGUCAGAAAAUUACCCAGCACAUUCAGAUGGAGAAGUCUGAUGCAUCCUCUGAUAUUUAUGGUUUCUCUCUGUCCUCCGUGGAAGAGGAGGGGAUUCGCCGGCUCUACGUGAACGGCGUCAAGGAGACGGGCCUGGCUUUCAAGAAAGGCCUGAAAGCCGGGGAUGAGGUGGUGGAGAUCAACCAGAGAGCCGCAGAGGAGCUGGACUCGGCGCUGCUGAAGGACGCCCUGCUGCAGCCCGCGCUGUGCCUCACCGUGCGCACCCACCCCGAGCCAGAGGAGGAACAGAGGCUGAGCCAGCCGCCCCCACGGCGCCCAGAGAACCCCUCAGAGCCCGGGGACGGUGCCCUGGCCUUCUCUGGGGGCAGCCAAGGGCACUCCCUCUGCAGUGACCCCGACAGCUCGGCCGAGGCGGCCCCGGAGGAGGCGGAAGCGCAGGACCUGGAGUCGUUGGAUGAGGCCGAGAAGAUGAGCAAGAGCACAGAGCAGGUCGCAGCUUUCUGUCGCAGUCUGCAUGAAAUGAACCCCUCUGACUGCAGUGCUCCCCCCCAGGACUGUGCAGGGCCCCAGCUGAGCACCAUGAGGCAGCUCACGGACGCAGACAAGCUGAGGAAGGUCAUCUGUGAGCUCCUGGAGACCGAGCGUACCUACGUCAAGGACUUAAAUUGUCUGAUGGAGAGAUACCUGAAGCCUCUACAGAAAGAAACCUUCCUCACGCCAGAUGAGCUGGAUGUUCUCUUUGGGAAUCUGACUGAAAUGGUAGCAUUCCAGGUAGAGUUCUUGAAAACUCUGGAAGAUGGAGUAAGGCUGGUUCCAGACCUGGAAAAGCUUGAAAAAGUUGAGCAAUUCAAGAAAGUGUUGUUCUCCCUGGGUGGAUCCUUCCUGUACUACGCUGACAGGUUCAAGCUGUACAGUGCCUUCUGUGCCAGCCACACGAAAGUCCCCAAAGUCCUGGUGAAAGCCAAGACAGACACUGCUUUCAAGGCGUUCCUGGAUGCCCAGAACCCGCGCCGGCAGCACUCCUCCACCCUGGAGUCUUACCUCAUCAAACCCAUCCAGAGGAUACUCAAAUACCCCCUCCUGCUCAAGGAGCUCUUUGCUCUCACUGAUGUGGAUAGUGAAGAACAUUAUCACCUUGAUGUGGCCAUCAAAACAAUGAACAAAGUUGCCAGCCACAUUAAUGAAAUGCAGAAAAUCCAUGAAGAAUAUGGGGCAGUGUUUGACCAACUCAUAGCAGAACAAACAGGGGAGAAAAAAGAGGUCGCCGACCUUUCCAUGGGGGACUUGCUCCUGCAUAACACAGUGAUAUGGCUGAACCCUCCUGCUUCCCUGGGCAAGUGGAAGAAGGAACCUGAGCUGGCAGCGUUCGUGUUCAAAACUGCCGUGGUCCUUGUGUACAAGGAUGGUUCCAAACAGAAGAAGAAACUCGGAGGAUCACACAGAGCCUCAAUCUACGAAGACUGGGAUCCGUUCCGGUUUCGCCACAUGAUCCCUUUGGAAGCGCUGCAGGUGCGGGCCCUGGCCAGUGCAGAUGCAGAGACCAAUUCUGUGUGUGAGAUUGUCCACGUCAAAUCUGAGUCUGAGGGCAGGCCAGAAAGGACAUUUCACCUCUGCUGUAGCUCUCCAGAACACAGGAAGGACUUUCUGAAGGCAGUGCACUCCAUCCUGCGGGACAAACACAGAAGACAGCUCCUUAAAACCGAAAGUUUGCCCUCAUCCCAGCAAUACGUUCCUUUUGGUGGGAAAAGAUUGUGUGCUCUAAAAGGUGCAAGGCCAGCCAUGAACAGGGCAGGUACUGUAGGGCUACAGACUUUCAAGAUCCCAGUAACCCCAGCACCGUUGUAGGACGCGUGGUGGUGUCUGUCACUUGUAUAUUAGGAUUAGCGUUCUCUCCUGUAUAUGUAAAAUCUGCAGGUUUUUCCAUGCUUCACUUCCUUGAGAGCCUUAAAUUGCCUCUGUUUACCUUGCUUUGCACUCAAGGCUCAGCUUCAGAGCAGUGCUUCUGGCGUGGAAGGGAAAUGGGAUUCCUGACAGUACCGAUGGGCUGUGCACUUUAAUCUGAACUGGGGGUCAGCUGAACAGAGCAGAAGCUGUGUGGUUCUUAAAAGCAUGUACAGAAUUUUGAGGUAGCUCGAGCACUUUUGAACUAAAAUGCACAAGGGAAAACAGCUCCCCUGAGCUUGGUUUGAAGGGGCAGCUGUGGGUGUCCUCCACCUGAGCCUUUUCAGCUCAAUUGCCAGAGGGCACGUGCUCCUCCUUCCCACAUUUGGAGGUGCACUUGGUACUCUGAUUUUUGUAAUGGCCUGUCCUAAACCAUGGAUUUUCCUUUUCAGUUGACUUCAGGCAAAAGCAGUGAAAAAAUCCCAGGGAAAAGCAGGUUUUCAUUUUCAGAACUCUAGAUGCUGGAGGGAAGAAGUAUUUGCUUCCAUCUGCAAAGUACACGGCACCGCUGCGUGUUUUGUUCUGGUCUGUUGUUUAUUUCUUGUUCUGCUCAUUAGAUCCAGCACUGUAGACAGCCAAGCUUUCUGUUCCUCCUCUGACCAGGGCAGGCCAGACCAACAGCAGCUGAGCCCAGCUUCUCACUCGGGGUGAGCCCUGGCUCCAGCUGGCCCUGGCUGCUGGAGAUGCCAGACCUCCUUUCAGUGUGCCAUGAAAAUUCUGCAGGGAUUGAAAUCCCACCUUGCAGUCCAGGCCUCCCCCUACAGAUAAAAUUUGCAAUUGCUGAGCCAUUGUACUUAGUGCACCUUGAGGCUCAGGGACACUAAAAUGACCUCAGCCCCAAGGCAGAGCUGUAUAUUUGUCAGUGCAGGGCAGCAAACUCCAACCUCAGAGCUCUGUGUGUGCCCCUGAAGCACCGCAGUGCCUGCAGAGCCGCCAGCUGCAGGAUUUGCCCCUGCUUGGGAAGAUGUUCUGACACACAAGAUGGGAAUUUGCUAAUUGGGCCAGUUGCUGAGUAGAUGCUGAGGAAGGAGCUUCUGCUAACUCUCAUGGGUUGGGGGAUUGCUU